AUGACUGAGGAACAAAUUGUCCAGGAACUCUCCCAGCAGUCUGUCACAGCCGUGAAGAGAUUCACUAACAAGAAGGAAGGUGUGAUACAGUGGGUAUCUGUAUCGGAUGGUGUUGUCGUGGACACGUCUCCCCCAGAACCACAGGCCGUUGCAUACUUGGGAGACAACCUGGUGAAAAAUCCCUCGUUUGAGAUACAACAUGAACUUGAGAAUUCAUCGACAUGUAAUGACCGUCUUCCCGAGUACUGGCAGACUGACAACUAUUCGUGUAUACACAUCAUUACAUCCGAGCGUCAAUUAGCCAGACAUGGUAGCAGCUAUGUUGUAGUCAGCGGAUCUGUUCUCCAGGCAGCUCGGGAGGAAUCAGCUCAACUUACUAUUAACACAAAGUCAAGAUCCAUGGUGAUGGCGGUUGAUCACGUGACACUUCAGAGCAUCACCUAUAGUGGACAUGACGGCACUGUAGACACAGAGAAGCACGUGGAUGUGAACGCCGUGUUCCUGCCUCACUGGUCGUCCCUGCAUGUGUCCUGGCAUUCACCAUGUUCCCCCAUCACCAUGUACCAGUGGGCAGUAGGUGAGUCCCCAUCACCAUGUUCCAGUGGGCAGUACCAGUGGGCAGUAGUGGGCAUAGUAGGUGAGUCCCCCAUCACCAUGUGUCAGUGGGCAGUAGGUGAGUCCCCCAUCACCAUGUACCAGUGGGCAGUAGGUGAGUCUCCCAUCAUCAUGUUCCAGUGGGCAGUAGGUCUUGUGGAAGGCGGUACACAGUUACAAGGCUUUACGAACGUUGGUAGAAACCCUCAAGGAACACUUUCUGCCAAGAAGCUGACGCACAACUCCAGACUGUAUGUGUCGGUACUCGCCACUAACGCUGCCGGCCUGACAUCACUGACCAGAGCAGACCCCCUGACGGUGGACAUGACACCACCAACUAUACAAGAAGUCAACGAUGGUUCAGGUGUGGAUACAGAUUUCCUAUCACCAGGGGACAUGGCAGCCAACUGGGCUGUGGAAGAUGAAGAGUCAGAUUCCAUCAGCUGUGACGUCGCUAUAGGACACACCCCAGGAGAUGACGAUGACCGUCGGUUUGCUAGAACUAACCAUGGAGUACGAUAUAUCAGGUGGAAUCUGACUGAUCUGGUGAUCUCAUCCAGUGUGAAGGUGUACACGACAGUACGUUGCUAUAACAAGGUCGGGCAGGUCUCCGAGUCUUCAUCUAAUGGCGUGGUUCUCGUGUCCGGUGAGGACAUGGCAUCUGUUGCUGGCUUCAAGGUCCUGGAGGAGAGUCCGUCUGUGUUCUCAGACAGAGACCAGUGUCACGUACCCCGAGACACUGUGAGACUUCAGUGGGAGGGAGGAGAAACCGAGACCCCUCACACCACCCUGGUUCGUAUCGAGGGAAGCAGUUUGCUGUACCAGCAGAGCGUCCCCAGUAUAUUCACAUACACAUCCGCCCAGCUGUGUAGCCUGAAGCUCAGCGACCUGACGACCUACAACAUCAGCGCCAUGCAUGUGCUGGACAAGGCUGGGAACCCGUCAGAAACAUCCAUCACCAUGCAUGGACCUCAACCAAGUCUGAACAAAGCUGCGAUGAUUUCGUCCAGGACGUCCGACAGGAUGACGACUCUGUCCUGGCCGGGCCUGUUCACCUCCCCCUGGGGCCAGCUGGUGUAUGAGGUGAUGGUGGGCAGGGUGGAGGGUGGGGCAGAUAUAGUGGACGGGCUGCUGACCCGUCAGGAACAGAUGGUCCUCAACCUGUCCUCGCACCCUCAAACUGUCACUGACGUUUAUGUCUCCAUAACAGCCAUUGAUGCGUGUGGAUACACUGCUUACUACUCACAGACUGUGGAUGUCGGCUCGUGAUUCCAGUUGAUACGGGAAAGUGUAAAUCGUGAAUACAUAGUUCCUCAUUAGA